UCUAAUAUAACAUACUGCAGGAAGCCAAACAACAGUUUCACUUGCUGAGGCCCACGCCGAUGUCAACACGCCGCCCAGAUUUAAUUGCUCCAAACUUGACGCGUGGCGCCCGAACGAUCUAAUUAAUUCACCCAUAAUCACGGCCUCUGCAAAUAUUAGAUCUUUGCAUGAAUAGGCUCUAUGUUAUUUUCCGGUUGCCGGGGAAGGUUACGCCAGAGAGUCUGAGGGUCUCAACAUUGCCCUAGAUGUUUCUCGCGAUCAUUCUCGGGUGUGUUUUGUGGGUUAAGGACGGAGUUCGGGCUGCUGUGGUGUAAAAGUUCGGCGGUGCUGCUGAUAUUGAACAUUCAGGCUGUGUUAUCCUGUACGGUGGUUCCCCGGGGAGACAUGACAGGUUGCCUGUCCCACAGGGAUGUGCGGAGCGCGUGUUUACCUGCCUGCCUGACAGCAGUGUGCGGGGGACCAGGGGUCGCCUCUACCGGCUCGUGAGUCCGCUAUAUAUCAGGGCCCAGGCAUUAGGAAGAAAAAACUAUUCGCUCUACCUGAUGGCCGAGUGAAAGGGUUCCAGAGCUGCCUUAUGUUUGUAUAAAAGGGUUCACAUGAAAGGUCCUGCGACUUGAGGCCGUCUUGAAGCUUUUGCCCGGACUUACAUAUCUGUUGGGGCGCAGUCGGCUGGGGUCGGCUCAAGGACCUCUGUACCGGCAGAAAUCCCAGCUCCGAUCCCAGGAUAUUCAGCUCCGGAGAAGAACCAGAGGGUGCGGUGUUGGACGUCACGACUCCGGGAGUGAAGAGCGGACAGGAUGACUCCAGUGACCAGGCCACACAUGGCAACCGCCGCCCUGCUGCUGGUGCUGUCCGCGGUGCUGAAAGUUCACAGCGCCGUCUACCGAGUAGAGCCGGAACCGACCGCAGUUCUCAGAGGACAAACGGCGACCAUCCGGUGUUCCUUCAACAGUCUGAGCCCCUCCAGCAUUGUGGAAUGGUUUGGCCCACCGAACUCGCAGCACAUUUCCCAGGGAACUACGGUGGCAGCUGAGUAUCCGCGCCACCGUGUUGUGGGCGACACCUCGCGGGGGAACUAUGAACUGCAGAUCCGCCGCACCCGCCCAGAAGACGAGGGGAUGUACAGGUGCAGGACAUUCCCGCUUCCGCCUGCGCCGGAUGUCAAGCUGACAGUUGUCGAACCCCUUUCAGGUCCACCCGACAUCGUGGGCAAUGAAAGACCACAGAGUGCCGGGCAGGGGCUGACGCUCACCUGCCGCGCGGUAGGGGGACGCCCGCCGCCCCGUCUCACAUGGUACAACGGCACGGUGCCUUUCAGAUUGCCGGAGUCUGCGCACAACACGUCACCACAGAAUAACGAGGUGUCCCUGAGCCUGGCCAUCCCGUUCGUGUCCCGCUGGGACAACGCCGCCAACUUCUCCUGCCGGGCCGACCAGGGCCUCCCGACUCUCGUGGAGCCCAGAACUGCCUCCAAGAUCCUCUCCGUGCAGUUUCCACCUGAGGCCCGUGUAUUGGUGACGUCCAUGCGAGUCAAGGCGGGACACAGCGUCAACCUGACCUGUGUGGUGAGCAGCAACCCGCCUGCUGUGGUCACGUGGCAGAAGCUCGGGGAGGCGUCUGUGGUGCGGGGGGAGGUUAGGGGACAAAGUCUACUCAUCAGCAACGUCCAGAAGUCCGAUGCCGGGGUGUACCGCUGCAAGGCGGAGAACGGCGUUUUACCUGACGGACUGGCGAGAACGACACUUGACGUUCAGUACGCCCCGGAUAUCAAAGCCACCUUUGCUGAGAAGGUCGUGGUGCUGUACGGACAGGACGGCUACAGUCUGGACUGCACCGCGGAGGGAAACCCACAGCCUAUCGUGAGAUGGCGGCGGAAGGGAACUAACUUCUACUUAAACAACCCUCUGGUUCUGUCACAAGUUACGUACGAUGUAGAGGGGGACUACGCAUGCGUCGCUAGUGGCCGUGGAUUCCCGGAUGUACAGAAGGAAACCUUCAUAGACAUCAUAGGAAGACCUGAUGUUCUAGGUCGGUCCGGUCAGACGCUGUUCGUCACGGAGGGGACAGACGCGACCCUGGUGUGUGAGGUCCGGUCCGACCCCCGGCCGGAGGUCAUCACCUGGCUGUGGAGGGAUUCCAAUGGUAAAGAGACCAUCUUCUUGGGUGCGGAAGAGGACUCCGUCAGCGUGCGGGAGGUACCGAUGACUGGGGGCAGGAGGAGCACACUGGUGAUACGGGAAGUCGGCGCUGGCCAGGCGGGCAGCUACGUCUGUAAGGCAACCAACAUGUUCGGCUCGGACCAACGGGAGUUCCUCAUAGAAAUACAAGACUCCCAGGUGCUCCUCAUCACCGUGGUUACCGCGACUGUCCUGAUCCUCAUCGUGGUCACCGUGGUGACCGUCCUGCUGGUGCGGAGGAACAGGUGUCACAUCAGCGACCAGGAGUCAGUUGCCUCCAGCGAGCCUGUAUCGAAGCCAAUGCCGCCUCUCCCGCCGAAGCACGGCCCCAUGGCGCAGGCGCAGGAGAAGCCCCGUGAAAUGUCCCUGGAGCUGGACGAGCUGGACGGGACGCUGAAGCCCCGCCCUCCCCCCAGACUGGACAAGGACCCUUACUCCAUCGGACUCUCGUAUCCAAGACUAAUACACGCCCUGCCGGCCUACUCUGUGAAGGACCAGCAGAUGAAGACUUCUGAUAACAACUCCCCUCUGGAUGACAGCGGAAACCCGGUACAGACAAGGGAAGGGUCGGGAAUAGAGAGCUGGAAGCUGACUGAGGCAAAUAGUAGACGACCUCCAAACUACCAUGAAAUCCACGUGCUGGAGUGACCAAACCUUAGACUGUCCCUACAAUAAUCCACAACAUUACAGCAAAACUAUCACCAUCUGUUGAAUUUUCGAAAGCAGUAGAUUAGUUGCGACUGUUCCUGCAGCUCGCUCGAAGGCGCAAUGAUAUCAUGACGUGCAUAUGGCAUGUGCGUUUGCAACUUGAUAGCUGUACAUAGGAACGAUUUUAUAUCAGCUUUCCGUCAUUUUGUAAUGUUGACUAUGCUACUAUUGUGUACGUAAUACAUGUAGGUAAAACAACGUGAAGAACGCUAGCUGAGAAAAAUCUAGUGAUAAACUACGACAGAACUGGGGAGGAAGCAGAUUAUGAAGUGGCUUGAAAAAAAUGGAGACACAAGAUGGUUUCAUUAUCUAUGAAAAGAUGGCAAAACACUUUCUUUGACUCCUUUCUCUGUUUGACAGCAAUCAUUGAAUAAUAUAUUGUCAAGAAAAAGUCCCCCUGCGGGUUUCGAUUCAACCAGGAAUAGUCUACACAUUUGCCCAUGUAAGUAUUUGUAGCAUUGUGCCAUGUCACAUCUGUGCCAGACACAGGAGAGACGUGUUAGGUUAGGUCGUGUAGAGUCCUGUAGCGCCGCAUUGUCUCCGACUUUGUCAUGACCAUGGUGUGUAACAGAGAAGUGCUUCUUGUUGCUCUGACAUUGCUGUGAUAUUUUCGUCAUUUAUCUAGGCACACUGUGGCACGGUUUGAUUAAGGCCAUGAUGGAUAGAAUUUGUACUCAUGGAAUAAAAAUAUUCAAACCUAA